UCCAGCUCUGUCACCCGGUCACCCCGUCAUAGCCAUUAGGAUUCGCAUCAAGAGCGAUCCAAUCAUGGCCCCGUCAAGAUCCCAGCCGAGCAUCGUCUCGCCAGAGAUCGAGAGGAUCACCUUGCACAACCCCAUCGCCUUUACAGCCAGGGUUUAUGCCGCUCCUUUCCUCUCUCUCUACCCCUUGCUCUACUUUGCCUAUUAUCACCGUUACGAUCAAUGGAUCAAAUCUGAAGAAUGGACAUUCGUCUACUGCGUCCUCCUCGGUUUCGGUCACGCCCUGACGUUUCUGUCCACCCGAUGGUCGGUAGGGAUCCGAACCCGGUUGGAGAAUACCCGAGCGGAUUCUCUGGACACCGCUAGGAGCGUCAGGGUCAUUCCGAAAAAGGACAAGGGCAAGGGCGGGAUCGUCAAGCUGGAGAGGAAGAAGGACGAGAGGGGGUUGAUCUAUUCAUUCAUCUAUCAGAGGGAUACCUACGUGCUGGACGACAAGACCCUCACCUUUACCCAACUACCUUACCCUUGUGACGCCUCUCCCGACCUUUCGACCUUCCAACAGACCCCCGGUCUCCUCACCCGCCCGACCUCUUCCAAGCAACCCAACCUCCCGCUGCACCGAUCCGUCGACCACCUCUCGACCGAGUUUGGUCCCAACCUCUGCGAGAUCCCCAUUCCCAAGUUUUCGGAACUGUUCGCCGAGCACGCCGUCGCGCCAUUCUUUGUGUUUCAGUUGUUCUGUGUGGCGUUGUGGUGUUUGGACGAGUAUUGGAGGUUCAGUUUGUUUACGGGCUUCAUGUUGGUCGCUUUCGAGUGUACCACCGUAUUCCAACGUCUCAAAACGUUGACCGAAUUCAGGACCAUGUCCGUUCAACCCUUCCCUCUCAAUGUGUACCGGGACAACAAGUGGUCCGAGAUCACCACCGACCUCCUUCUUCCCGGCGAUCUCGUCUCCAUCACUCGUACGAAACCCGAUUCCGGUAUCCCCUGCGACCUCCUCCUCCUGAAGGGAACAGCGAUCGUCAAUGAGGCCAUGCUGUCCGGAGAGUCUACGCCAUUGUUGAAAGAGAGCGUCGAGCUGAGGGAUGGGGGUGACAAGUUGGAUUACAAUGGAAUGGAUAGGAACAGCGUGUUGUUCAGCGGGACCAAGGCUUUGCAAGUCAGUCAGCCCGAGGGUGGGGAUGUUACCACGCCCGACGGUGGUUGUCUCGCUGUCGUCCUCAAGACCGGUUUCGGAACCACCCAAGGUCAACUCGUCCGAACCAUGAUCUUUUCCGACGAACGCAUGUCGGCCAACAACCUCGAAUCGUUCGUCUUUAUCGGUUUCCUUUUAAUCUUCGCCAUCGCCGCUUCCGCGUACGUGUGGAUCGAGGGGAGGAAAAAGGAUAUGGACAAGGGGAAAUUAUUGUUGGAUGUCGUGCUCGUUUUGACUUCGGUCGUCCCGCCAGAGUUGCCUAUGGAGUUGACGCUCGCUGUCAAUGCAUCAUUGGUCGCGCUGAGCAAGUUUGCCAUUUUCUGCACCGAACCUUUCCGAAUUCCGUUCGCAGGCAAGGUCGAUGUCUGUUGUUUCGACAAGACCGGGACUAUUACUGGGGAAGACCUCGUCGUUGAGGGCGUCGCCGGCGUCGAUCCCAAAGACCCCAAGAAGCUCGUCCCGGUCACCGACUGCAACAAGGAGACGAUCCUCACGCUUGCUUCCGCCCAUGCGCUCGUGCUGCUCGACGAUGGGACCGUGGUUGGAGAUCCUAUGGAACGUACCACUUUGGACGCGCUCGAUUGGAAGUUGUCCAAGGGAGACCAGAUCGGACCCAAGAACAAGGAAGCCAAAUUCUCCGCUCAGAUCAACGUCAAGAGGAGGUUCCAGUUCUCGUCUGCACUCAAGCGAAUGUCGACCGUUGUCCACGCCUCCGAGGGCGGUGGGAAGAAAUUACUGGGGAGCGUCAAGGGGGCGCCCGAGACGCUUAAGGGCAUGUUUAGCGAAUUGCCUGCCAAUUACGAUGAAACGUACAAGUACUUCACCAGGCGAGGGUCGCGUGUCUUGGCACUGGGUCACAAGGUCAUGAAGACAGAUACUAGCAAGAUCAAGGACUUGCACCGAGACGAUGUCGAGAGCGGAUUGACCUUUGAUGGAUUCUUGGUAUUUCACUGUCCUCUCAAACCGGAUGCCGUCGAGAGUCUCAAGAUGUUGGCUGACUCGUCUCAUCGAUGUGUCAUGAUCACCGGAGACAACCCUUUGACGGCUGUGCACGUCGCUCAGGACGUCGAGAUCGUCGACCGAGAUGUCAUGAUCCUGGACUUGAAAGAGGGCGCUACCGAGGAAGAUCAACUGGUAUGGCGGAACGUCACUGAGACCCAGAUCAUUCCCGUCGACCCGACCAAGCCUUUCGACAAGGCCAUCUUGAGGGACUACGACAUCUGCAUUACCGGAGCCGCCAUGAAGCAGUACGAGCACAAGUCUACCUUUAUCGACCUCAUCCAGCACACAUGGGUCUAUGCUCGAGUUUCGCCUCCGCAAAAGGAAUACAUCUUGUCGACCAUGAAGGCUCUCGGCUACAUCACCUUGAUGGCCGGAGACGGUACCAACGACGUCGGAGCCUUGAAGCAGGCCCACGUCGGUAUCGCCUUGCUGAACGGUUCCGAGGACGAUCUCAAGAAGAUUGCCGAGCAUCAACGAAACGAGCGAUUGAAAAAGGUUUAUGAGCAACAAUGCAAAAUUUCGGCCAGGUUCAACCAGCCUCCUCCACCCGUUCCUCCUGCUCUCAAGGCGCUCUAUCCGGAGCUCGUCGAGACUCAGCAGGCGGCGCAUGCUUCCAUGACACAGGCCAGGAAGAAGAACCCUAUGGAGAAGUUCGAUCUCGCUUCGAUUACUGACAAGAUGGCUGAAAUGGAUGACGAGAAUGAGCCCCCCAAGAUCAAACUCGGAGAUGCAUCGUGUGCCGCUCCAUUCACGUCCAAGUUGGCCAACGUGUCUGCCGUCACCAACAUUAUUCGUCAAGGCCGAUGCACUCUGGUCGCCACUACUCAGAUGUUCUUGAUCCUCGGUCUUAACGCCCUCAUCACUGCCUAUUCGCUCAGUGUUCAGUACUUGGACGGAAUCAAGUUUGGGGACUACCAGGUCACCAUUACCGGUAUUCUCAUGAGCGUGUGCUUCUACUGCAUUUCGCGAGCCAAGCCCGUCCAACAAUUGUCCAAGGAAAGACCUCUGCCCUCGAUCUUGAACCUCUACGUCUUGUUCUCUAUCUUGCUUCAGUUCGCCAUCCACAUGGUCUCUAUGAUCUACAUGACCAAUUUGGCGAAAGCGAACCACGACCGAGGAGUGAUCGACAUCAAGGCCGAGUACAAGCCCUCCUUGCUCAACACUGCCGUCUACCUCUUGGGAUUGUCCCAGCAGGUCUCAACUUUCGUCAUCAACUUCCAGGGUCGACCUUUCCGUGAGGGGAUCCGGGAGAACCCGCCUCUCUACUAUGGUCUCGCUGGUGUCAGCGCCAUUGCCUUUGCCGGAGCCACCGAGUUUUCUCCCGAGCUCAAUAGUUGGUUGCAACUGUUCAAGAUGGAGUCCUGGUUCCGAACCCAGUUGACGGCCGCCAUGAUCAUCGACUUUGCCGCCUGCUUCGCCGUACAGCAGAUCACCAAGGCUUUGUUCUCGAAUACGAAUCCCAAGGAGAUUAUUGCUCGAGGUCAGCCGAGGCGAGAGAAGAGGAGGCUCCAGCAGGCUACUCUGCAGACCGCCGAAGCCAUCAAGCAGAACGGCCUGAAACCCGACGAGAAGGCCAGCUCUGUUGAGAUGCCCAAAUACUUGCCUAAGGCCUAGCUAGAUUCGGUACUGGACUUGGUGAGAAGUGCAUAAAAUCGGUUGUCUCGUCACAGGGAGAUGACCACCUGUAAGUAUAUA